AUGUCCCAAUCCAUCGACAGAGACCGAGAAGAUUCUGGACCUGGAACGCUUCCAGAAUCAAACCCGCAACAUUUCAAAUCAGGUCCAUCUGACGCCCACGCCCAAAAUCCCUAUUUCCAACCUGGUUAUUCGGCUCUCCGUCUCGAACAGGUCCAACACAUGCACAGCGAUGCCGAUCGCACCAAGCUGAUCAACUCCCUCGCGGACGAUAUCGUCACCACCUUCCUGGCCGUGCGGUCCUACCACGACAAAGGCAUCCUCAGCGACGACAACAUCUUACAGAUUGAUGCCGUCCUCAAAACUAUCGGCCACAACAAUCAGAAGGCCCAAGAGCGUCUGGAACGAAAGCUUGGCCGCCUCAAGCUGCGGCAUCGUCAGUUGCAGCGGGACUAUGUGCACCUCGCCCGUGGAAUGGAUGCCAUGGGCACGAAAUAUGCUGCUAGGAUCGCGUCCCUGGAAAAUCGCGUUCAUGCGUUAAAAACGCAGCUUCAGGGGGUGAAGAGCGGUGGUCUCCUUCGCCAGUCGCGGAGCCGCCGGGCCAUGCGAUUCGAUCGCAUGAGUGUCUCAGGAUCGUCGACACGGAACGAGAAGAAGGAAGAUCCGGAGUUGGCGGCGACGAAGAGCGGGAAGAAAGAGGCUGGCGAGGGCAACGAAAACAAUGUAUUGCCAUAG